AUGAUAAAGAAAAGAGUAAGAUUAGCCCAAAUUAAAAAAAAUAUUACCCCUCAUAGUUUUCGAAGAAGUUUUGCUACUCUUUUGAAUAAUAAAGGAACUAGUUUAACCACUAUUCAAAAACUAUUAGGACACUCUAAUAUUGAAACUACUUCCAAUUAUAUUCACAAUGAUUACGAUUAUCUUUAUCAGGAUUAUAACCCAGCAAAAAGAAAAGAAUACCAAAAAGAACUAAUGAGGAAAAAGAGGGCUAAAUUGUUAGACCCUGAAUUAAAUGUUAGUCCCCGAUUGUUAGACCCUAACCAAAAACUAACCGAAAAUGUUAGUCCUGAUAAUUUGGUUAGUCCCUCCCGUGUUAGUCCCGUUAGUCCCAGAGGUGAAAUGUUAGACCUUGUUAGUCCUGAAAAAGUUGUCGAACCCGUUAAAUGUCUCCGUUGUCCCGAAAUAGAAAACAGUAUCAGCAAUUUUACUAAUCUUUAUCAGCGAGAGCAAGAAAAGAAUAAAGAACUAACCAAGGAAAUAAAAAAUAGCCGGCAAGUUAUUCAAGAACAAAGUAAAUUACUAACCGAGCAAAAGCAAUCUAAUAAAAACGAACUUUGUUUUCACUGUCAAAAAUAUCCUGUUCCUGACCGAGGAGAGGCUUAUUGUUUAAAAAAAACUAACCACCAAUUAUCCGAAAAAUUGGAAACCAUUAACCGAUUAAAGGAAAAAUUAAGGAGUUUAGCCAGUCAAAAUCAGACAGGAGAGCAAAAGUAUACCAGUUCAGAAAACCAAGCCAAAACCCAAACAGAUUUAAAUAAUCUAAUCACCAAACAUACCAAUUUCCAAAGCAGUCAGCAUAUUUACAGUGAAAAAGAUAGAAAAGAAAGAGAAUUUUUAAAGAAUUUAUUAAAUAAAUUAUGGUCUUUUGCUAGUUAG